AUGGACGACCCUUCCUUCAUCCAGGACAAAGCCAAACUCGAGCAGCAAUAUGUCCACAAUGUCUACGAUGCGAUAGCUCCACACUUCAGUGCCACUCGCUACAAGCCCUGGCCUGUUGUUGAUGAUUUUCUCAAAGGCCUCCAGCCCGGGUCUCUUGGAGCGGACGUUGGAUGUGGAAACGGCAAAUAUCUCGGAGUCAAUCCAUCUGUCCUUACACUCGGGUCAGAUCGCGGCGAGCUUUUGCAGUUCGUCAAGGAACGAGGAUUCGAGGCCAUGAUUUGCGACAACUCGAGCCUGCCAUAUCGAUCGGGCGCAUUCGAUUUUGUCCUCUCAAUUGCCGUUAUUCAUCACUUCUCGACCCCCGAACGAAGGCUCAACGCCAUCCAGGAAUUGGUUCGAAUAUUGCGACCGGGAGGGCAGCUUCUCAUUUUCGUUUGGGCUUUCGAGCAACAGGGCCGUCGCAAAUUCGAAAAGCAGGACGUUUUUGUGUCAUGGCAAAUGAAUAAGCGAGUAUACUAUCACCUCUUUACCAAGGGCGAACUGGAUGAGCUAGUUUCCCGAGUUGAAGAGGCCGAGAUUGUACAGUCUGGGUACGAUCGAGACAACUGGUAUAUUGUCUGCGAAAAGAAAUGA